AUGGAACAAGAGCGCAAGAACAACAUGAAUGGUAUGGAGAUGGAGAAAGGAAAAAAAGAGACUGGAUCGAAGAAAGGAGUUGAGUUAACAUUGAGAGUGCUGGCUUUGGUCCUAACAAUGGCUGGUGCAAUAAUACUUGGUGUAGCAAAACAGACAAAAAUUGUGUCUAUAAAGCUUAUUCCAACUUUGCCUCCUCUUGAUGUCUCUACAACCGCCAAAUCUUCUUACUUGUCUGCCUUUGUGUACAACAUAUCUACAAACGCUAUAGCUUGUGGUUACACGGCGGUUUCGAUAGGGAUUCUAUUGAUGAGCAAAGGCAGAAGAAGCAAAGGCUUGUUAAUGUUGGUUUUGCUAGGAGAUCUAAUGAUGGUGGCUUUACUAUUUUCCGGCACCGGAGCUGCCGGAGCAAUUGGGCUAAUGGGUCUUCAAGGGAACAAACAUGUGAUGUGGAAAAAAGUUUGUGGAGUUUUUGGAAAAUUCUGUCACCAAGCAGCUGCUUCGAUUGCUUUCUCUCUUCUUGCUUCAAUUGUGUUUGUGCUUCUUGUUGUUCUUGAUGCUAUCAAGCUUCCUUAA